AUGGCCACCGGCAAACCUCCAGUCGAGUUUCUCAUUACCGGCGCCACGGGCGGUCUCGGCACGGCGAUCCUGUCGACGCUGCUCAAAAACGGCGUGCCGACGUCCGCCAUCGCCGUCGGCUCCACUCGCGAACACCUGGGAUCAACGUACGAGUCGCGCGGCCUGCAGUUCCGACACACCAACUUCGAGAGCAUCACGUCGCUGAUGCGCGCCUUCCAGGGCGUCAAGAAGCUCUUUUUCGUCUCGACCAACACCUUCGACAACGAGAAGCGCAAACAGCAGCACCACAAUGUCGUCACCGCCGCCGAGCAGGCCGGCGUGGGGCGCGUUUACUACUCCAGUCUUGGCAUUGGUGGCGUCGACGGCCAACCGUGGGACGUCGAAUUGAUGGUGGCGCAUCUCGAGACGGAGAAGAUGCUGCGCCAGUCGCAGCUCGUGUGGACCAUCGUGCGUGAAGGCGUGUAUGCGGACGCGUUUCCCGUGUUUUUGAAUUGGUACCCCAAGGAUCCGCAGCAGGUGCUGUACCUGCCGUGCGACGGCGAGGUGGCGUUUGCGCUGCGCGAAGAGCUGGGCGAGGCGACGGCGAAAUUGAUGAUGGUAGAUGGAUUUGAAAGGCAGAACGUUCUUCUCACCGGCCCGCGCGCCAUCAAGCUAUCAACCCUAGCGAGCGUGAUCAACCAGGCCUCCAGCCGCGCGGUGCGCAUCGAGUACGUCUCGGACGAGGAAUACGUCAAGCGCAGUGCGAACAGGGACAUCGGUGGCAAAGGCGAGGCAUUUUUCCGCAAUUGGGUGUCGUUGCUGCACAGCUUCGAGACGGGCAAGGCCGCUACCGUGUCCCCGCUGAUGGGCCAACUGUUGGGUCGCCCGCCAAGGGACGGCGAGCAGGCGGUGCGGCUGUUGCUACAGCGCGAAAGAGACUAUACCUGGCAUCAGAAUUAUGCCAAGAAGGGCGAGAAGGGAGCUGCCAAAGGGUCCAUAACCGAGUUUAUGAAGAUGGGAUGUUGUUUCGUUUGA